UGGCAUUUAGAUUGGAAACGUGGAACCGAAAAGUAGCGCGUCGUAACUACAAACCGUUUCCUUCAUUUAGUAUACGUCGAUACUCGUUAACAAUACUUCGGUUUCUCUCGAAGUCUCAAGUGUACUUUUGUGACUUACAUCAAUUAAAAAGAAAAGAAAAAUGUCGAAGCACCAAGCGAAAGGUUUUACAAAGGAAGAGGAACUUCUGUUACAAGACUUUAGCAGAAAUGUAUCCACGAAAUCUUCAGCCCUUUUCUAUGGAAACGCUUUCAUCGUCUCUGCUGUCCCCAUAUGGCUUUUUUGGAGAAUUCACAUGAUUGAUAUUUUUACAUCCUUGAUUUUAUUCUGCGUGGUAACUGCCAUUUCCAUGUACUUGCUAGCUAUGGCUUACAGAAACACCAAGUAUAUUCUAAAACACAAAAUUGCUGUUAAACGUGAAGAUGCCGUAACCAGGGAGAUGACGAAAAAACUCUCUGAAGAUAAGAAAAUGAGCAAUAAAGAAAAGAACGAACGUAUUUUAUGGAAGAAAAAUGAAGUGGCUGAUUUCGAAGCAACCACAUUUUCUAUUUUUUACAACAACGCUCUUUAUUUAGCUAUUGUUAUUUUUGCUAGCUUUUAUUUGUUCAGAUCAUUAAGUCCUGCUGUUAAUUAUACCGUUUCGAUUGGUGCUGCUUCAGGACUUUUAGCUUUAUUCUCAACAGGUUCACAAUAAUUUCAUUUCCAUUUCAAUGUUCAUUUUAUUUAAUAAAUACAAUAGUUUUUGUAAUAUAAAUUAUAAAUAUUUCAAUAAAAAUAAAUGACUUU